UCCAUUUAGGAACUCAUCAGGCAGCAGCGGUAGAUGGAUUGCGGGGUAGCAAAGCAAGCAGAUGACCAUUAUAAACACCGAGUACCAGGCCUUCCCGAGGAAUAAUAUUUCCUAAAGGCCACGCAGGGUAAUAUUACUAGCCAAAACGCGUCUCUUCCUCGGCUUCCGCCUUUCUCACCCUUUUUCGUACUACUAUCUUCAAGUUCAAGUCUAGCAACUGAAGUCGGGAGUCAGCCAUGCCUGUCACUAUUAAGAUCGCCCAACACGACGCCAACCCCGUCAGUGGCAAGUCGUGCCACACUGGCCUCACUUCAGAAGCACUCCUUAUUGGCGCGGCCCCCGCCAAGCGCCCAGAGGUUGGAACCAUCAUCCAGUCCUCCUACCCACUCGGCGGCGACAGCAACCGCGCCAUCUCGCCUUGUGAUAACAGGCUCGUACGCACCAUCUUCCAGGCUUAUACCUCGCACCACCACCUGAUCUUGCGUCCUGAGGACAUCUGGUUUGCCAUCCUCACACAAUUCAGCUUUCACGUGAAUGCCAACGCCGAGGCCCUGCGUCAUAAGUUUGUCGCCCAUGACGGGAAGGUAGGUCUUAUCCUACGACAGUACUUUGACUCUCUCGCUACCAUUGACUAUGGCGAUAUGUGCACCAACAUGACUCGUCUCAUCGAGGCGAACAUCACGGAUCCUAGCCUUCGGGCCUGGAUCAUGCCCUCUUGGACUACAACGACCAAGGAGGACGUGAUUGUGGCGAGUGUAUGCAUGAUGGGCACCCUGCAGCGAUACUUUGAGUAUGUGUUUGACGCCUGCAUGUGCGGUAUCCCCACCGCGACCCUGCUCGGCGACCGCGCCGAUUGGGUAGAUCUCGCGAGUCGCGUUGAGCGGCUAGGCGAAUAUGGCGAAGAGCCUCAACUUUUUCGCGAUGUGCUGCGGCCUGUUGUGCGUGGAUUCGUGGAGACGUUCGACAAUCCGGCUGAUGAGCGUGUACGGGACUUCUGGUCUCGCGCGAUCGAUCACCAGAGAGGUAGUGGCAUGAAUCAUCUCAGUGGGUGGAUCACCGCUUUCUUGAUAUGGGAUGAAGAGGGCAAAUUCCGCAUCACAAAAAGACUGCAGGACAGGGCUAAGGACGCCGCACAGAAGGCCUUUGCUCCGGAUAGCAGCGCACCACUAUCUCUGCAUCCCCUUUCGGAGAUUGGAUGGGCUGGCUAUCGCGUCGAUCUUAAUCAGGUCCCGGCUGGGUUCGUGUCCGUGCCUGUGAAGCUUAAGAAUCCGGAGACGGAGGUUAUGGUGGAUACGCAGCUACUUGCGGGCUCCGUGGCUAUGGAGGCCCUUACCUCCGAACCGCCGCAGCAGGAAUCUUCCGAUAAUGGUGCGCGCUACACUGUCAAGCCCGUUACGGGUUGGUGGAUGUACCAAGUCAAAGGGGGCGAGCUGGAGGGCAAGAACACGAGCCUCAAAGAGUUCCUGAAGAGCCGAAAAGAUAAAUGGACUGGCAGUGUCACGGGGACUGUUUACAAAGACGGUUUCUUGCACAUUAAUCGGGACGCUUAAGCGUGCAAUGUACCUACAACAAGUGCCUGGAGUACUAACUAAUCGGAACCUCUUGUAUACGAGUUUAAUGAUGGUAUGCUAAUCGUAGCUGUAGAAUACUACGUAGACCACACCGAACCAGGAUCGCCACUUGUUAUCUUUGGGAAUAAUUACACAAAAGAAAGGGAAAAGAAACAACAGAAAUGUUCAUAUUGUGGGUGACAAGAUAGGAAAUGGUGAACCAUAGCGUUUGGGUUCAUUUCGACUUGAACCAGGACAUUCAUCAUAUGGGCAAAGCAGAAUUCGGUACGGGCGAACUAUCUCACAGCCUUAAAUCCUAUUUUUGAUUCCGAGCCCACCCUCGCCGGCUCUAUUGAUGGAUGAGCUGAAGGGCUCAAAGGCGUUCUUUUG